GGAAGGGGCCCAACUGCAUCGUCUGCAGGCAUCGGUAUUCUCUGAGGGUGGUUCCAGAAAGAAGAAUAAGUAGCGCUGGGUGGUACCGCAGGUAUUUCAGUUGAGCCUCUUCUCAUCUUGCCUGCCUGCCACCUUCUACACACUUACUUGGACUGCAUCGUCAGUCUGCAACGGUAACAUCAUGGGCUCAGCUGCUGACUUCCCCAAGAUUGACUUUACGUCCAAUUUUCAAAACAUCAUCAACAACGCUCUCUCGUCCACCCCCGAGACCCGUCAGGCUGUCGACCCAAGCACAGAGGAGCUUCUCUAUCAUGUUCCCCUGUCCAAGCAGGCUGAUGUCGACAAGGCCGUCUCCGUUGCCAAAGCUGCCUUUCCCGCGUGGAAGGCGCUGUCCUAUGACGAGCGGGCGGGGUAUCUCGGUCGGUAUGCUGACGCGAUUGAGGCUAACGUUUCCGGACUCCAAGAGCUUCUGAUGAAGGAGGCUGGCAAGCCUGUUAGCAAUGCCGCAGGGGAACUGCAGUUUGCCAUUGCCCAUGUGAGGGAGACGGCCAAGCUGAGGAUCGAGGAUGACUUGAUUGAGGAUACUGAGGAGAGAAGAGCGACCGUCCGGUACCUUCCCAUGGGAGUUGGCGUUGGCAUCAUCCCCUGGAACUACCCCGUCCUUUUGGGCCUGGGCAAGCUUGGUCCCGCCGUCCUCGCCGGCAACACCUUUAUCUGGAAGCCAUCGCCUUUCUCUCCCUACACGGCGCUCAAGCUGGGCGAGAUUGCUGCGCAGAUAUUCCCACCGGGUAUUGUGCAAGUUCUGAGCGGUGAUGAGAGCUUGGGACCACUCUUUACUGCUCACCCCGAUGUAGCCAAAAUCAGCUUCACGGGUUCGUCUGCGACGGGCAAGAAGGUCAUGCAGGCUUGUGCCAGCACGCUCAAGAGGCUGACGUUGGAGCUGGGUGGGAAUGACGCGUCGAUUAUUUAUGAUGAUGUAGAUGUGGCCCAGGUGGUUCAGAAGAUCGGACCCAUGGCAUUCAUGCACUCUGGUCAGAUCUGCAUGGACAUCAAGCGCCUUUACGUGCACGAGAAGAUCUACGACGAGUUCCUCGCUGCCUUUGUCCAGGUGGUCAAGUCGUUCAAGGUCGGAGGAGGAGGCGAUCCCGAGGCGUUCCUGGGCCCGGUCCAAAAUCGGAUGCAGUUUGAAAAGGUCAAGGACCUGUACUCGGAGAUUGGCAAGCAGAAGUGGCAAGUCGCCACCGGUGGUGAGCCUGUCGCCUGCGAUGGCAAGAAGGGCUUCUUCCUGCCGCCUACCAUCAUCGACAACCCGCCGGAUGACAGCCGCAUCGUGGUGGAGGAGCCUUUUGGGCCCAUUAUGCCUGUUCUCAAAUGGAGCGAUGAGGAUGAGGUGGUUAGACGGGCGAACAACACCAACAUGGGAUUGGGGGCUUCGGUUUGGAGCAAUGAUAUUGAAAAGGCCGAGAGGCUGGCUAGGAGGCUGGAAGCGGGGAGCACUUGGGUGAAUAGUCAUUUUGAGCUGUCGCCUUAUGUUCCCUUUGGUGGGCACAAGUGGAGCGGUGUUGGAAUGGAUUGGGGCAUUGUUGGGUUGAAGGGGUGGUGCAACACUCAGGCGAGCUGGGUGAGGAAGAAGUUUUGAGGGGGAGGGGGGGUGAUGUAUUCUGUCGAAGGCAACACUUAAGUUCGGUGCAUGUUUUUCUACAUCAUUAUGUUGACGGAUGAAAUGAACUGCGGAGUUGAAGAGAAGUACGUAAUCGGCGAUUGUAAUAUUCAAGGCAUGGCACCGACCCGGGGCGUCAAACCCAACGUUGUGC